AUGUUGGUGCUCUUGCUCUUGCUAGCACCAGCCUUGUUGGCUUCCCAGCGAAGAAUCAAGUGGACCGCAGUAUUGCCCAAGAAAUCAGAGAGAAUUUGUAAGUUUUUUUUGACAAGGAAAAUGCUUCUAUGGGGUGUGGAGUUACAGGUCGAUGCAUAUGUCAAACAAAUCGCAAUAUUUUUCUGAUUCAGAAUAUGUAAAAAGAAGCUGCUCAAUUUUGGUUUGUAAGGGCGAAAAUCCAUACCCUGUAGAAGUACCUUCCUUGUGGGAUUACUCCAUUUUUUCAGUGCCCCCGAACACCGUGAAGAUGUGAUCGCUCUCUUCGAAUGCUUGGCCAACACUCCCGUCAACAUAACUCGGCGCAGUGUGUUGGAGUCGCUUCCACGGCGCCGACCGAAACUCGUUUCAUCCAUCUACCUUAUUUCCGACGCAAGACUAAGAGCCGAAGGGUAUUCGGAAGCCAAGGAAUGCUUCGACAAGUCGGAAAACAAAUUCAUCAUUGCCCAAGGGCACUUGACGAUGGGGAUGGUUAGGCUGGGCUUCAAAGAGGAGCUUGUUCGAAACAUAUUAGCAAAUCUUCGUGAAGAGGUUAGAGAUCAUUGCAAUAAAAUGUAAGACCUUUUUAUUUUUGCGACAAAGAAAGCAACCCCGUGGUAAUUUUUCUUCUCAACUUUACUUGCUCGCCACCUGGUGGUUGCCCAAAAAAAAAAUAGCGGAAAUGGACUCAAUGCAGGAUUAUGGCUAAGACACAUUCUUAGUCGGUUCGCCGGUGUAUGGCGGAGGCCAGGAGAAUAGUAGAAAGUCGGAGGCUUUAACUUUCGGAGGAGACGGCGCAGAGACUUCGUUUUUGGAAUAUGUAUUUUUGAGCGACAUUAAUUUUUGUCUAUGAAAUAACAACAUUUUAGAAUGCAAACUGAGGUCGCUACGACAUUUUGAAGUAGGGCCCUUUUACCCCGAAAACCAGUUUUUCGGUUGAAAAUCACCAAGAAAUGUGGAAUUUUUUCGACUGUUUCGAUCGAUUUGAUGUGAAAACAGGAAAAGAAAUUUCCAACACGUUGCAAAUUACGCUAAAAUCACGCUACCCUUCGCUUGGGGCCAUUUGCGGCUUUUCAUUUGGGGAUUUCGGGGACCUGUGGAUUUCGGGGACCAUAUUGCGCAAUUUGAGACAAGAGUUCCGCAUUUCUUGUCUAGGGGGCCCACAGACAAUAAAUUCGGGUUUUCUGUUUAGCAUUCAUAAUACAUGCAAAGCGGACUUCGUCCGAGCUGAAACUCGAAACAAACCGCACAUUGUUGAAGAAGCCAAAAAACUUUACGGAUUGCUCGAAUUGUUCAGCGCCACCUCUUUCGUUGGCUCCGAAUUGACUCGUGAAGGGUAGGUAAUCCAUGGGAGGCUGUAAUUUAUUUUUUUAUAUAGGCUGUGCGACUACGGCUUGAAAGGAAAAUUGAAUCCCAAGUUGUUUACGAACGACUUUGCCGAUGAUGAUUUAGUUGUCGUGGAAUGCGACUCCACGGAAUAUUUGAAACAAACGUUUGGCGACGACUUUGAAGGUACCCCGACGGAGGAUGACUGGAAGUUGGUGACAUACGUCAGCCAUUAGUAAGUCAUAAUAUAUACGUAUUUUCAUAAAGUGCGUGGACAUUUGUCGCGCUCCGCACCGUGCAAAAAAAUCACCAAUUUUCUGGAAUGACUAGUCUUAAUUAUUUGCGGCUUUCAGCCCGAGCGCUCAUCGGCAAGGCGUCCGAAAACUGAUUCAAUGCUUCUUGAACGGAUCAACGGAGAAGACGCUGGACGAGUUCGCCAGGAGAAGCGAGAACCCACAUGACCGGGUCUUGUACCCUGAUCCAGUCGUCUACCACCUGAUGGAAACUGCUGUAAAGGCUAUCGACAAAGGAUCUUCGGCUGUGGCCUGCUUUUUCGACUCGAAGGACAAGCAUGUUGUGGCGCUUGGAAAUGUGGCUAAAGCCCUGGUUGUUCAUGACCGUCAAUGGCCUGAAAAACACCUCGACAUGGCCGCUGUUCUCUUGACCUACAACGAAACGUGUCGUCAUAAGUAGGCGAUAAUUUUUUUGGCUGAAAAUAUUAGCUUGUUGGGAAAAUAAUGAGCACUCUGUCGCGAGAAAAUCGCAUCGAAAAAAAUGAAUUGUGUUGCGACGAAAAUCGAAUUGCUUUUCGCAUCAGCAACGUGAUUUUCGCAGCGACAGAGCGCUCAUUAUUUUCCCGACAGCCUGAUAUCCCGUUUUUCCAGCCCAAAAUUCAAGUUGCCCUGCUUGAAAGACUUGGAGUUCUUGCCCGAACACGGGUUCCGUGAUCACCGCUCCGAAGUUGUGGCUCAUCACAGAGUCGUUGAGCUGACCGGCGCUCUCUCUUACCUUGGCGCUGAAUUGGGCGGCAGGGGGUGAGUUUGACCACAGAGGGCUUCUUAUAUAUACAUGUAUAUAGAUUGUGCAAGUUUGAUCUGGAAGGGAGACUGGACCCCAACGUUUUUACCAACGACUUUCAUCGUGAUGACCCCGUCAUUUCCGGAUGUGACGCUGAAGAUUAUACCGCCAUCGUCUCGCUGGCUCAGGGUGCUUUUCUUUAA